GCGUAGCUUGGCAAUCAAACAAACUUAUGCUAGCCCUCUCUCUGUGGCUAAAUGUGCCUAGCCGGCUAAUCGUCUGCAUAGUGCAGAAGGUAGUUGUUUUCCCUAUUUCAAUACUCACGUAUUUACCCUGAUAUUAUAAUUGUUAUCGAGUAGGCCUGUAGCGUCAAGACAGGGUGGGCAAACGCCAUCGAGUUAUUGGAAUUUCACUCGAUGAUGUGCCACCCUUGCCAGGAUGUUAGCAUAAACUAACCAGAGAGCUGGGCAGUCGGCUCAAGUAGCCAAGAAGUAGCGUCCGGAUGAUUUGACUAGUACCACCGCGGAUUUGGGGGACUUCGAGUGGGCUUUGCAUGAUGUCAAACAAGCGGUCCCCGCAAAUCGCUGGCAAUGCGAGUUCAGUGCCGAGCACAAGUAGCAGCACUAGUAGCAGCAGUGGAACAGGAGGCACCGUAAUCCCUAGUAGCGCAAGCAACGGCGUCACGAGCAAUGGCAACAACUCUGUUAAUGUUGUGCCCUCGCGGACACUGGCAGCUGCGGGUGACGGUGGCAUGUCGGUGCCAAAUUUGACCGCCGUGUCGUCGUCCAGAGGUGGGUUUGCUUCUCUGAGUAGACCUUCCGCGUCCUCCGGCAGUAGGAAGAGGUCUCUUCAUCAAGCGCCGCUUUACAACGGCCUGUUGAACUCAUAUGAAGACAAAAGCAACGACUUUGUUUGUCCCAUUUGCUUUGAAAUGAUAGAAGAGGCACACAUGACCAAGUGUGGGCACAGUUUUUGUUUCAAAUGCAUCCGUCAGAGUCUAGAAGAUAGCAACAGGUGUCCCAAAUGCAACUACAUUGUUGAUAAUGUGGAUCAACUUUACCCAAACUUUCUUGUUAAUGAACUGAUCCUUAAGCAGAAGCAAAGAUCAGAGGAGAAGAGACUAAAACUAGAUCAUCCUAAUGGAUCCAGGUGGCAUAUUUUCCAGGAUGUGUUGAGUCCGGACCAAGAAAACUUGGACCUGGCAAAUGUCAAUCUAAUGUUGGAGCUACUUGUUCAGAAGAAGAAGCAGCUGGAGGCGGAAUCCCAAGCAGCUCAGAGGCAGAUCCUCAUGGAGUUUCUUAAAGAAGCCAGGAGAAACAAGAGAGAGCAACUGGAACAACUACAGAAGGAACUGAACUUUCUUGAAGAGGAUAUUAAGCGCGUUGAGGAAAUGAGUGGGCUGUACUCUCCAAUGGAGGCAGAGUGCACAGUGCCCAAUGUUGAGGCACCCUCACCAUCACCCAGCUGUAGUAGUAUAAUUGAGCCACCAAACUAUAGCCAACCGCCAGAAUUUGGUGGAACAGCCCAGGGGAAAAGGCAGACCUGGUAUAACAGCACACUUGCAUCAAGGAGAAAAAGGUUAACUGCUCAUUUUGAAGAUCUUGAGCAGUGUUACUUCUCCAACAAAAUGUCACGCAUCUCAGAUGAAGGCAGGAACUUGAACCAGCUGGAUGACUUUAUGGAGUGUCUUUCUAAGUUUACACGCUACAAUUCUGUGCGACCCCUGGCCACUCUCUCCUAUGCCAGUGACCUCUAUAAUGGCUCUAGUAUUGUCUCUAGCAUUGAGUUUGACCGUGAUUGUGACUACUUUGCCAUUGCUGGUGUGACAAAGAAGAUCAAGGUGUUUGAAUAUGGCACUGUGAUCCAAGAUGCAGUGGAUAUCCACUAUCCUGUUAAUGAAAUGACAUGCAAUUCAAAAAUCAGCUGUAUCAGCUGGAGUAGCUAUCACAAGAACCUCCUAGCAAGCAGCGACUAUGAGGGUACGGUCAUAUUAUGGGAUGGAUUUACCGGUCAUAGGUCGAAGGUGUAUCAGGAGCAUGAGAAAAGAUGCUGGAGUGUAGACUUUAAUCUGAUGGACCCAAAGUUGCUAGCAUCUGGCUCUGAUGACGCUAAAGUGAAGUUGUGGUCAACCAAUCUGGACAACUCUGUGGCCAGCAUCGAAGCUAAAGCUAAUGUCUGCUGUGUUAAAUUCAGUCCAACCUCCCGGUAUCAUCUCGCCUUUGGCUGUGCAGAUCACUGUGUCCAUUACUAUGACCUCCGCAACACUAAGCAGCCAAUUAUGGUGUUCAAAGGCCAUCGGAAAGCUGUUUCCUAUGCUAAGUUUGUUAAUGGAGAGGAAAUUGUUUCUGCGUCAACAGACAGUCAGCUGAAGCUGUGGAAUGUCAACAAACCUCAUUGCCUGCGCUCCUUCAAGGGUCACAUCAAUGAGAAGAAUUUUGUUGGCCUUGCUUCUAAUGGAGACUAUAUUGCCUGUGGCAGUGAGAACAAUUCCUUGUACCUGUACUACAAAGGACUUUCCAAGACACUUUUAACAUUCAAGUUUGACACUGUAAAAAGUGUACUUGAUAAAGAUAAGAAGGAAGAUGACACCAAUGAGUUCGUCAGUGCUGUCUGUUGGCGGGCCCUACCAGAUGGAGAGUCAAAUGUGUUGAUUGCUGCAAACAGUCAAGGAACAAUCAAGGUACUUGAACUUGUCUGAAGACCCACCUGAUCCUCAUCUGAUCAAGACCACCAUCACACCUAAAGCCUCAUUGUUAAGGAUCAGUCUGGAAGGGAGAAGCUAUGCUGCCUACGGAAUUCUGAAGGCCUAACAAUCGAAGAGAGCUGAUGUAAAUUUAAAUGAUUAUAUGAAUGAGCUAUGGCUUUUGGACAGCAGGAGACCGACUAUACCUGGGCAUCUGUCCCAGGUAUUAAAUGCUGCCAUUUCUCGAGGAGGAAAAAAACAAACUAAAGAAAGUGGGUGGGUCCAAAAUGGAGCAAAAUACUUUGAUUUAAUGUUUGAUACACCUACUGCCUCUGCCUACUGCAUCUCCAUGGUUUUCACUCUGAUCAGUACUUUUUAGUAUUUUUUUUUCCUCAAUCUGUUACUUCUGAUGGCACACAUCCAGCCAAGUGCUACUUUAUUGUCUAAUUUUCCCUCAUUAAAGGCUAAAGCACCGGGUUAAUUGACUUUUAAAGUGUUUCGUAGUCUUUACGUCCUACUUCAGCUUUUAAUUCAGCCCUAAAUGUUCAUCUGACUCAUUACAGGUGUAGUUUGUUUUCCAAAAUGGAAGACACCAAUUGGAAUGAAUCAGACUUCAAUUGAAUUGUGUUAAAAAUAUUGUCAGUGUGAGACUGUGGAAUGUGAGUUUGUUGAUACUUAAGGAAGAUUACCAGUAAUAGGUCAUUGAAAGGUUUAGAGAUCCAUUUAUGUGAAAUAAUUUUGAUGUAACCAAAGGCAUGAAUCAAGACAUGCCUCUUAGAAGGUGGCAGUGUCAAUCCUAGUUGAAACAAGCCCAGUUGCAAGUCAGACAAAGUGUCGUAUAGGUUUUGUAUAGUUCGGUCUUUGUUAACUCAUUUGCUGCAAUUGACACUGUAGAAAUCCAAUCCAUGUUGACUGUGAAGGAUGACGUUUCACAGUUGAAAUGGAUUGGACAUCUAUAGAUAUUAACGGAAGCUACUGAGUUAACAUUGACCAAUCAAGAGGUUUGAAUAAACCCCUCCUAGACCUAUUUUAUCAAGAAUGGAUAAAGAGGUGUUUUCUAUUUGUCUAACUGAAUAAAUUAUUUCAAAGCUAUUUUGUUCUCCCAGGUCAUUAAAAAACACAUCUUUGGUAUUUCCUAGUAUUCUUUUGACUGAGAUUGUCUGAGUGAGUUAUGUGUUUACGGCAAUCCUUGGUAAUUGGUUCCAUGUGUUUUUUUUCAACUUUGAAAUGGUGAAAUUCAAAAUGUUCUGUUUGCCACAGAUCAGAUGCCUCUAUGUGGGUUCAAACACUAAAAGCCUCUAAAUGUUAUGUUUAUCCAAUGUCAAUUCUUCCAUCAAGGAAUGCACAGUGUAUUGUUUUACUUUCUGAACAUCAAUGUUCCAAUUUUUAGAGAAAACCAUAAUUCAAUUUUAGCUGUUAUAUGUAUUUGAUGCUGGAUAUGCACAAUGCUGUUUUAAUGUAAUCUAUU